AACCGCAAUUUGAUCUAACCCAGUAAGUUAUGAUGAGACUAACCUCUUCAUCGAUGGCUUCUCUCCCAUCUCUCAAGUCAACCCUCUUCUUCUCCGCCGUCCAACUCUUCCUCCACUUCCCCCUCUCCGCCAGCCACGGCGGCAGCGACGGGUCCCCUGACACCGGCGGCGGCACCCCGGAUUUGCGCGCGAGGGGCCUCAUCCUGGUCAAGGUAUGGUGCCUUAUCAUCAUGUUGGUGACCACCUUUGCCGGAGGCGUGUCGCCCUACUUCUUCCGGUGGAACGAGGCGUUCUUGCUGCUGGGGACGCAGUUCGCGGGCGGAGUCUUCCUCGGGACCUCGCUGAUGCACUUCCUGAGCGAUUCCACGUCGACCUUCGGCGAUCUGACGGACAAGGGUUACCCGUUCUCGUUCAUGCUGGCGUCGGCCGGGUACUUGCUGACGAUGCUCGGGGAUUGCGUGAUCAUGUACGUCACCAGGAAUGCCGCCGACGGAGAUUCGGCAAACAAAGUUGGAGUCGCAGAAGAAGGGAGGCGGGAUGAGAGCAAUCCGAGAGGAAAGGAGGAUGUGAAUCCCAUGUUCUUACAGACGACGACUCUCGGGGACACGAUUUUGCUCAUCUUGGCUCUUUGCAUUCACUCCGUCUUCGAGGGCAUUGCCGUCGGAGUUUCCGAGACCAAAAGCGAUGCAUGGAGGAAUCUGUGGACGAUAUCGUUGCACAAGAUAUUCGCGGCCAUCUCGAUGGGAAUCGCCCUCCUUAGGAUGCUACCGAAGAGGCCGUUUCUAAUGACGGGGGCGUAUUCCUUCGCGUUCGCCGUCUCCAGCCCCAUCGGGGUCGGAAUCGGGAUAGCCAUUGACGCGACGACAGAAGGCCAUGUUGCCGAUUGGAUGUACGCCAUUUCCAUGGGCCUCGCCUGUGGGGUGUUCGUCUACGUCGCCAUCAACCAUCUCAUAGCCAAAGGGUUCAGGCCUCAGAACAAGUGCGUCUUUGAUACUCCUUUCUAUAAGUUCCUGGCGGUGCUUCUUGGAGUGGCUGUUAUAGCUGUAGUCAUGAUUUGGGAUUAACGAUGUGUCUACCUUCAUCUUGGUUGAUUUCUCUCUUUCAAUAUGCUCGGAUAUAUACAGCUUUUGGGACCAUUUCUAAAUUAAUGUGUGAUCGUACUGUUUGGUUGAA